GUAUGUUGGGAUGAAGAGGGUCCUCUCUGAUGUGUGUCCUGGGAUGAUUAGUGUGUGUUCCAAACUUUUUCCCCUUUUCCUCUCUCCCUCCUCAUCUCUCCCCCCUUCUCGCUUCUGAGGAAUGUGGGGCUUAUGUCAGUGAGAGUCAGGUACAGACUCACUAAUUACCAGUGCCCUCCCUCCCUCGCUCCCUCCCUCUUUCCCUCCCUCUCUCUCUCUCUAAUGCUUUCCUUCAACUCUGUCACCUCCUGUUCUCUCCUCCACUUCGAGACCUUGUGCACCGGCCUCCUUCUCCCGUCUCCCGCUGUUACGUCUACGAGCGCUGUCGUGACUGGAGCAGAGGAGAGGACAAACAGAGAGGAUCUGAGUCAGAAUCCAAAAAAACACCAAAAGGAGAAGAGAAACUUUGAGUCGUCCUCUCCUCUGUGUGUGUGUGUGUGUGUGUGUGCAGUGUGUGUGUGUGCAGUGUGUUUGACAGAAGUGUCUGAGAUCUCUUCUCAUUGUGCUUUGGGGGACCUGUCAUUGAAGACAGGAAGUGCCCUGACAGCGAACACGGAGCCGGAGAGAACCUGACUGUCUGUACAAAGGAAGAUAGAAGGCGGGAGGGGAAGAUGAGAAAGUGACAAGCCGGAUCGUUGCCUUUUGACGCCGACGCCGUGACUACACGUCCCAUCAUCCUACAGGCCCUGAUCUGAUUGGAUGGUUUUGUCAGAAUGACAGCUGAAGAUCCUGCUUCUUCUUCGACCAUGAGUAACAACGUUGCCCCCUCCAAAUCCUCUGGUGCCCAUCACUCUCACCAUGGACAGCUCAACAUCCCUGAGGGUGUUGCUGGUGCACCGAAUGAGGCCUCACUGGUGGCCCUGAUGGAGCGUACUGGCUACAGUAUGGUCCAGGAAAAUGGUCAGCGAAAGUACGGUCCCCCUCCCGGUUGGAAUGGUGCAUCUCCUCCUCGAGGCUGUGAGAUCUUUGUCGGAAAGAUUCCGCGGGAUGUUUAUGAAGAUGAGUUGGUCCCAGUGUUUGAGUCCGUAGGACGCAUCUAUGAGAUGCGCCUGAUGAUGGACUUUGAUGGGAAAAAUCGAGGGUACGCUUUUGUAAUGUACACAGAGAAACACGAGGCCAAGAGAGCCGUGCGGGAGCUGAAUAACUAUGAAGUGCGGCCUGGGCGGCUGCUGGGUGUCUGCUCCUCAGUGGACAACUGCCGUCUUUUCAUUGGUGGCAUUCCCAAGACCAAGAAACGUGAGGAGAUCCUGGAAGAGGUCUCCAAGGUGACAGAAGGCGUAUUAGAUGUGAUAGUUUAUGCCAGCGCUGCAGACAAGAUGAAGAACCGUGGCUUUGCCUUCGUAGAGUAUGAGUCACAUCGUGCAGCAGCCAUGGCUCGCAGGAAGCUGAUGCCUGGACGCAUUCAGCUGUGGGGCCACCAGAUUGCAGUGGACUGGGCAGAGCCAGAGAUUGAUGUAGACGAAGACGUGAUGGAAACAGUGAAGAUCUUGUAUGUCAGGAAUCUAAUGAUGGAAACCAGCGAAGAGACGAUCAGACAGAUUUUCAGCCAGUUUAACCCUGGAUGUGUAGAGCGUGUAAAGAAAAUCCGUGACUACGCCUUUGUCCACUUUACCUCCCGGGAUGAUGCUGUGUUGGCUAUGGACAACCUCAACGGCACAGAGGUAGAAGGGUCCUGCAUCGAGGUGACACUCGCCAAACCUGUCGAUAAAGAGCAGUACUCACGCCAGAAGGCUUCAAAGGGGGGAGCUCCUGCCACUUCAGAGGCUACUCAGCAGAACUACGUUUAUCAGUGUGAUCCCUACACAUUGGCAUACUAUGGUUAUCCUUACAACACCCUCAUUGGACCCAACAGAGAGUACUUCGUCAAAGGAUCCCCAAUGAUACAGAACAAUGGUACUGUGAGAGGUCGUGGUCGUGCUACUGCAGGUAAUCGUACCCCUGGGCCACGGGGGUCGUACCUCGGAGGUUACUCUGCCGGUCGUGGCAUCUACAGCCGCUACCACGAGGGCAAGACCAAGCAGCCUGAAAAGUCCUAUGAGCUGAUGCCCAGUCUGGAGCUCGCUGCUUCCGUCAACCCAGUUGGCAUCAAACAUGGCACAAUGGCAUUACAGACUCUGGGUGGGCAGUACCCAGUGUUCAGCGCCACUCCUGCAGCCAAGCUGAUGGAGGAGGGGAAGGUGCACACAGUGGAGCAUCUUAUCAACCCUCUGGCCAUGCAGCACCCCGAACACUCCCCCGCUGCUGCUGCUGCUACUGCUGCUGCUGCUGCUGCUGCUGCCACCGUCCUACCUGCGGUCUCUACCCCUCCACCCUUCCAGGGCCGUCCAAUCACUCCAGUCUAUGCCAUGGCCCACAACGUACAGCGCAUCCCAGCAGCUGGUGGUCUGUAUGGACCUGGGUAUGUCCCCAUCACAAACUACACUGCCAACACAGCAGCUCUGGCAGCUCUGCAGAAAAACGCAGCCGUGGCGGCUGCAGCAUACGGAGGUUACGCCGGCUACGCGGUGCCCCAGGCCUUCCCCGCCACAGCCUUCCAGCUGCCCAUCCAUGAUGUCUACCAGACAUACUGAUUAAGAGGCUCAGAUCCUGCCUGUGACUGAACUACAUCUCAGCAUUGUCUGUCCCAUCACGUAGAAACAUCUCAAACUUGAGCUCGAAAGGAAUUUGUAGCAAAUAUUAAAAGCACACACAGUGACAAACAGCCUGACGUCUCCUAUCGGCCUCGGUAUGUCCUCAACCCAAGGUGAACAUAGUGUUUCUAAUUAGGCAGCAUCACUGUUUUCUACUGAAUAAUGUAACAAAUGUAACAAACGACAACUCCCAAUAACAGCCCUCUGCCUUUUUUGUUUCUCUCCGAAUCCCACCACGGGAACACCGAAGGUACGUUCAAGUAUUUAUGAAGAGAAGAUAUAUAUUUAAGGUGUCUAUUCUUUGUCGCUCUCUCUUUCCAUGUUGCCGUGGUAUUUGUUCUAGAUUUGAAACUAUUUUCAGAGUAACAAUAAAAAAGAGAGACGAGUUAAUCGUAAGGAAGAAAAACUACAACAGGAACUACUGAUAAAUACCGCUGAAGACUGCUGUCUUCAGAUAUACUAAUGCCUUUUUUCCCCCCAUCAUUAUAUAGUAUUUUAGCCAAUUUUACAUGCUGUAGGUGAUGCUGUCCGUCCAUGCUGGUUGAAUGCUUUGAACACGCCUGUUUGGUACUUUUUGGUUAUUGUAGUUUUUAUUGUGUUUUUGGUUGUUUUACAUGAAGGUUCUAGGUUUUCUAGGUUGCAUUUAUUUACCUAUAAUUAGCUCAUUUUUGCUCUUUUUUUUGCUUUGCAAGGUUGUUUCUCUGUCUCCUCUUUGA